UCCGGGGUACUGCUUCCGGUUUGACUGGCGCAUGAGUUACUUUUGUGUUUGGGCGGUUUAUCAACAAAUGAAAAUAUAUAUAUAUACAACAUAAGAGUAUAUAUAUAUACAUAUUCAUAUAAUAUAGUCAUCCGACUAACUUGCAUAUAUUACUACAAUUGACUGAUCUACAGAGAAGAACCCUAAACCGCAGACAUGGCUCGUAAUGCUGAGAAGGCCAUGACGGCUCUGGCCAGAUUCAGACAAGCCCAGCUGGAAGAGGGCAGAGUAAAGGAGAGGAGACCGUUCCUGGCGUCGGAGUGCUCUGAUCUCCCUAAAGCUGAGAAGUGGAGGAGACAGAUCAUCAGUGAGAUCUCUAAGAAAGUGGCGCAGAUCCAGAAUGCCGGUCUGGGGGAGUUCCGUAUCAGGGAUAUGAACGAUGAGAUCAACAAACUGCUGAGGGAGAAAGGUCACUGGGAGGUCAGGAUCAAGGAGCUGGGAGGGCCCGACUACGGAAGAGUCGGACCGAGGAUGCUGGACCACGAGGGGAAGGAGGUGCCUGGUAACCGCGGUUACAAAUACUUUGGAGCCGCCAGAGACCUGCCAGGGGUCCGGGAGCUGUUUGAGAAGGAACCGGCCGCUCUCUCCCGUAGGAACCGGGCGGAGCUGAUGAAGGACGUGGAUGCCGAGUACUACGGUUACCGUGACGAAGACGACGGAGUCCUUCUUCCUCUGGAGCACGAGUACGAGAAACAAGCGGUGGUGGAGGCGGUGGAGCGCUGGAAGGCGGAGCUCUCUUCUCGGCUAGCAGGAGGUCAGAAGGAGGAGGAGGAGGAGGAAGAGGAGAGCCUCUACGCCAAGGGAACGGAGGAGGGGGAUGAGUUGAUGUUAGAGCAGCAGGAAGAAGAGGAGGGCCUAGAGAGCUUCAUCGCCCACGUCCCCGUGCCCUCGCAGAAGGAGGUGGAGGAGGCUCUGGUCCGGAGGAAGAAGAUGGAGCUGCUUCAGCGCUACGCCAGCGAGACGCUAAUGGCCCAGAGCCAGGAGGCCAAGACCCUGCUGGGCCUCUAGAGACAGACAGACAGGCAGACAGACAGACCCUGCUGGGCCUCUAGAGACAGACAGACAGACAGACAGGCAGACAGACAGACAGACAGACCCUGAUGGGCCUGUAGAGACCAACAGAAAGACGGACGGACAGACCGAAGGACAGACAGACAGACAUGUCCUGCUGGGUCCUUAGAGACCAACAGGAAGGCAGACAGACAGACAGGCCCGGCUGGGUCUUUAGAGACAGACAGACAGACAGGCAGAAGGACAGACAGACAAACAGUCCGUAGAGACGGACCGACAGACAGAAAGAAAGGGGUGUGUGUGUGUGUGUGUACGUGUUGACACUUGCGUGUGUGGGUAUGUAUGUGUGGGUGUGUGUCCUGAGUAUUAAUGGAUGUUUUUUCUAUAAGCUGUUUUCCUAAUAAAAUAUCAGUGAAAGUUACACUCUC